GAGUGUCAGGAAUGGACUCAGCACUGGUGGUGGGACUCACCUGCCGUGUGGGCUGCAGUACCAGGGCUGACCAGCGGGUGCUCUCAGCAGCCAGAAGCUCACUUCUGCAGUCUGCCAACACCUGGGGCUGAUUACAGCAGGAAUGGACUCAGUACUGGUGGUGGGACUCACCUGCCGUGUGGGCUGCAGUACCAGGGCUGACCAACGGGUGCUCUCAGCAGCCAGAAGCUCACUUCUGCAGUCUGCCAACACCUGGGGCUGAUUACAGCAGGUGUAUUUAAGGAAUGACCAGGCCUGUGAUCUGUGCCUUGGUGUAAAUGUUUCCCAUGAGCCCUUGUAUCCUGUAUCCUGUUCCUGUGUUGCUGUAUACUCCGUUGCCGACCUCUGCUUG